AUGGCUUUUUCAACCAUUUACAACGUAUUCUUCAAGAGAAACUCUAUUUUUGUGGGCACGGUCUUCGCUUCUGCGUUCGUUUUCCAGGCUGCUUUCGACUCUGGUGUCACACGUUGGUAUGAAGCUCACAACAAAGGCAAGUUAUGGAAAGACGUCAAAUUAAAGCUCGGUGAAGCUGGUGAAGAUGACGACGAAGAUGACGAGUAA